AUGCUUCGUACUGUUCUGGGAUUCUUUACUGGAGGACUGCUAGGUACUUACGUUGUAUAUAAAAUGGAACACAUUCCGAAGCGACAUCGGUUGUGGGUCAUGGCGGUAAUCGCCUUUGCACCAAAUUUCAUACUUCUCAAUGGCAUCGCAUACCUCUCUCACGAUUGGCGGACAUUCCAAAGAGUGCUGUUUUUUAUUAGUUCACCAGCUUUCGUUCACGAAUCGCCUCGCUGGCUUAUACAAAAGGGAAGAAUUGAGGAGGCGAGGAAGGUGCUGCAACGGAUUCAACGCAUUGACAAGCAAAAGGCAGCUAAAAAGGAUGAAAUGGAAAAAAUGUUGGAUGCGGCUUAUCAGAAGAUGCAGGAGCAGGAAAAGAAAUUGAAAAACUACAAUGUUCGUCAUCUAUUCUACACCAAAGAGAUGACACUAGCAACAACAACAUACUGCGCAGGGCUAAUUAAAUCACUGGGACGAAAAGCAGUACACUUUAUGUCGCAGUCAACCAUUGCUUUCUGUUUAUUCGUCGUUGCCGUCGUUCACCUAUUCGGCAAGUUUUGUUUGGAAGAGCAAUAUGGGAUAGUAAUUCGAAUUGCAACAAUCACCGCAGCUUCUGUUGCUGCUCAGGUGCGAUUUGAUGAGUUAAUGUGA